AUGAAAGCCGUGUACGGCAUUGCCAUGAUACCGACUUUCCUGCGGCCUCUCAUUGCCCCCUGGCUCCCCAUGACGAGGGCGCUACACAAGCGACUCGCUGAGGCCGAUGCGGUCUUCCAACCCAUCGUCACUGCCCGGCAGCAGGCGGCAAAGGAGAGCUCACUGAAGCACAAUGACAUGCUCCAGUGGAUGCUCGAUUCGCAGACCCGCGUGGGGGAGCUGAGCACGCGAGAUCUGGCGCUGGCGCAAAUUGGUGCUAGUUUCGCGGCCAUUCAUACUACGACGAUGACGGCUACGAACGCAGUGUACUGGUUGGCGGCGAAGCCCGAACUAGCUCCCAUGCUUCUGGAAGAGAUUGAACAGGUCUUGGAGGAAUCCAAUGGCCAAUUCACAACUGCAGCACUCCAGAAUAUGAAGAAGAUGGAUAGCUUUCUCAGGGAGGUUAUGAGAGUUACUCCCUUGAGUGCGAGUGCCUACGUCCGCAAGGUCUUAAAACCGUUCGAACUCUCGAACGGCCAGGUAAUUCCGGAGGGCAUGUUCGUAGAGGUCCCAAGCGUCGGCAUCAACCAAGACCCAGAGAUCUUCCCGAAUCCCAACGUAUUCGAUGCUCUGCGCUUCUACAAGCUCCGCAGAGAUGACAACCCAGCCCAACUGAAUCAGCUUCAGGCUGCUUACGUUGGACCCACGCACCUCAGCUUCAGCUUCGGCAAGCACGCCUGUCCAGGGCGCGUUUUCGCCGUUAACGAGAUCAAGACGGUGAUGGCGAAUCUUUUGCGCACCUACGACAUCAAGUUGCCUGACGGUGUAAACGAGAGAUAUCCCAGCCUUGUGUUUGGUGAUCAGGCAAGUAGUCCCAUUGCUGUUCAUAAGAAUGACUAA